CAAACAUCAUACUUUCCUCUGCGGUAACUGCAGGUUUCUUUUGAGGAUAACCAUUUAAAAAUAAUUGGAUAACCAAAAAUGGAACGCAUUUCCAAAAGUGUAGAUUGGAUUGCGAAAGCCUUUAAAGAUGGCGGCCGUAACGGGUGGCUUGCUGUUAUGGGUUUAUUCUCAACUUGGAUGGUAUGGAUUGGUCUGAUUAAGGGCCUUGCUGUGAUGUUACCCACCCUACAAGAACAAUUCAACGCUUCGACUUGGUUAGUAGGAUGGAUGAUUGCUAUUAUAGACGCCAGUAUAGAGUGUUCAGGUAUUUGUGCCUCUCCAUUACGAAAUAAAUUUGGAUUGCGAGCUGUGGUCACUGUGAGUGGUGUACUUGUAGGUGGGUCAUUGAUAGCCUCUUCGUUUGCAUCCAGUUUAUAUCAGAUAGCGAUCCUCCUAACUUUAUUUGCCGGGCCAGCAAUUGGUGUUUCAAGUAUAGUAACAAGAGAGGCAAUAAGUCACCAGUUCAGUGAUUCGCUUACAAUGGCGCUAAGUUUGGGAGGCCUUGGAUCUUCUCUUGCCUAUGUCAUCAUUAUACCUCUGACGCAGUUCUUAAUUGAUGUCUACGGUUGGAGGGGAACCAUGCUGCUAACGGGAGGGGUAUAUUCACAUAUUGCUGUCUGUGGAGCUUUGAUGAAAGAACCCGCUACAACACGAAGUAAUGACGAAUAUGCAGCAGUUGCUGUAGUAAAAGAAACGGCUGAAGGAGAAUCAGCUGCAUCAAACAGUCGUUGUUGCUCUUGCCAGAACAGUGUUUCUUCUUUCAUCAGUAAGACUUUGAAGAAAAGAAUACUCUCUUCGGCACCCUUCUGGCUCAUAGUCUUCAUGAUGAACAUAUGGAUGAUGAUCUAUCAGCAGCACAGCCUGGCUAGGAAUCGGACUCUUAUCAAGCUGCAUAUACUAUCUCGCUGA